GCUCUGGUUGCAGACUGACUGAGCUGCUCCACUCUGAGCGAUCACACCUCCCUGCGUCCUCCCUCCACCGGACUCCAGCCUCCAAUAAUCAAUGAUCAUCGAUGUUCUCCCUGUGGAGCUAUUGAUCUGCCUUCAUCUCUGUGGGUGUGUGUGAGAACGCAGCAUGCAUUCGGUCCAGGCAGUGAUGUGGGACCCCCGGCCCCCGUCUAAACAUGGCUCGUCCCUCGCCUCACCAUCCCCCUCUGACGUGCGCCCCACCCACGUGACCACAGCCACCCCAGCGAAGCGGAUCACCUUCUACAAAAGCGGCGACAGCCAGUUCGGGGGCGUCAGGAUGGCCGUCCACAAGCGCAGCUUCAAAUGCUUCGACGCGCUGCUGGACGACCUUUCCCAAAAGGUGCCCCUUCCAUUUGGUGUGCGGACUGUAACCACUCCCCGUGGCACCAACACCAUCCGACACCUCGAGCAGCUCCAGGACGGAGGCUGCUACCUGUGCUCUGACCGGCGCCAGGCUAAGCCGAUCAACAUGGAGCUGGCAAGCAAACGCCCGAGCAUCUGGUACCAUCUCAACCGCAGACCCCAGCGGCCCGAAAGCUUGUCCGCAACGCCACCCAACCAUUUGCCGUACAGGCAGCGCCGGAUUCUGCUGGUGAAGAACAGCGAGCCGGGCAUGAGGAGGAGCGUGGUGCUGAGCAGGAGGUCGUCCAGGAGCCUCAGGGCCUUUCUGGAUGAAGUGUCAGAGGUGAUGCAGUUUCACGUUCGCAAGCUCUACACUGCAGAGGGACGCAAGAUCGACAGCGUGCAGAGCCUGAUGACCUGCCCUCCUGUGUUGGUGUGCGUCGGCCGCGAAGCGUUCAGUCCAAUGCUGGCCAACUUCAUCAAGAAGAACUCGGAGGAAAAGCUACCUGGUCUGGACAGCAGGUCGCCUGGUCUCGGUCCCAGGACUCCAGGAAACGGGGCCAGAUCUCCUGCCACUCAGGGAGCAAGAUCCCCACCUCAUGGAGCUCAGUCCAGAGCCAGCGAGUACAGCGAAGGACAUGAAAGCAAGAAAAAUGUGAACUUUGGUCUGGAAACCAAGAAGAGCAUCAUCCACCCUCGUUCUGACUCCUCAAACCGCUCCACCCAUUUCUCGAUGUCUUCAGAGAAAUCAUACGGCAACGGUGUCAGUGCCUACUCCCAGGCCAGACCGGCGAUUAUGAACGAUGACAUCGAAAAGCGAGUGCUUGUCAAUAAAGACGGCAGCCUCUCAGUAGAGAUGAGGGUCCGUUUCCGCCUCCAAAACGACGAGACCCUACAAUGGUCCACGCGGAUUAAAAAAUCCCCAUCUCUGACCAAUGACUGUUGCCCCCUGAGCCAGGUCCCGGCGCAAUACCUGCACAAGGGCCAAUCCGAAAGCUGCUCCGAUCCUGAUUCGGUGUCAUUCGACCCGGAGGCUGUGCAGUGUGCAAUGGAAGCAAACCACUGCCCUUGCUGUUACCAGCGACAGGAGCAGCAGUACGACCUGUGGGAAAAUCCAGCACACAGCCGCAAACAGCCUCUUGGCCCGCCCCCACAUCUACACACCUCCAGCCACACCACAAGGAGACAUACAAACUCCUCGAGCUCUUCUUCAUCCUGUAAUUCCAGGAGAGUGGUGCACUGUCGAGCACAGCUCUCCAGCUGUGGAGGCGGCUCAGGUUCAGAGCAGAGUCAACUGAUCCAGGAGGAGAUGUGCAUGACGGAGCAGGUUGAGCACAGAGUAGAGGUGGAGCAGGACGGAGACAAACAUGUAGAGGUUUGCAGGGUGAGCCGGUGCCACAGCCGCAGCGAAGUAGUCGCCAGAGAUAGCAACCUACGACCUGUCAGCAGCAAGUCAGGGGAGGAUGAGGUGAUGAUGGAGGAAGAGCAGGAGCGUCCACUGUCUGCAGUCAGCAGCACCUCACAUGUCCUGCAGUCAUUGAAAGAGGAUCAGGAUGAUGAUGAGGAGGAGCUGCCACCCAGCGCCUCACGGUGUCAUCACAGCAAAGAACCAGUUAAAAAGCACAAGAACGGGGAAGAAAGAGCAAGCAGUGCAGUGUCUGCAGCUUCUUCCUGUUGCUGUGGUGCCGUCACGCAACUCUCAACAGCCGAAGCAGAGGAGAUGGAGCGCGCCCCCAGCUCCAGGUCCAAACUGAGCAGAGCCUCUUGCAGGUCUGGUCGCACAGGACUUUCAACAGGCUCUAAGAAAUCAGGGGCAUCGAGUGUGUGCUCCAAUUGUGGAGGCUGCAAACGUGGAGCCACUUCAAACCCUGAUUCACCUCAACACAACCAGGAGAACAACGACAGUAAUGAUGAUGUCUCGGAUGAUUCUGCCGUGUCAACACAAUCCAACAAGUCCAACCUUACUAACUGUGACCACAUCUCUGCAGAAUCAAACGUCUUGGAGGGCAGAGCAUCUAGUGCCGUGUCCAGAGCAUCCAGUCCUGAACUAAAAGAAGAAGAAAGAGCUCCGAGUGCCAUCUGGGCAACAAGCCACAGGUCCAACAGGUCGCACAUGUCUGGUAGUAAUGGUGGUAUCACAGUGGGCAAAGAGGAGGGGAGGAGCUGCAGCUCCAUGUCUGCCAGGUCCAGAAAGUCACACCACAGUGACAAAGCUGAAACACCUGACACGAGAACAAGAGAGGAAGCAGAGGGAGAAAAUGCCGAGAGAGCAAUCAGCUCCUUGUCAGUCAAAUCUCACAAGUCCAACUGUUCAUUAAAAACUAACACUGCCUCCCCAACUGACAACACAGCCAUCGAAGAGGAUGACAGAAACAAAAUAUCUUCCAGUAGCCUUUCUGAAAGACCCGAUAGUGCCCUGUCAGCGAAAUCAAAUGUUACAGCAAAGUCGAGCGCCUCUCACAGGUCCGCUUGCAGUCGCUGUGCAAAAGUUAAAUCUCCAGGUGCUGAGGAAGCAGCAAGACAGGAAGAAGGAACAGACGUGCAAAAUAGAGCAGCGAGUGCCAUGUCAGCCAAGUCUAAUCGCUCAGUCAAGUCUAAAAAUUCCCAUAAGUCCACCAAAGCUUCAGAGAGGUCACUUUCACCCAGGUCGGAAGCGGGAGAGGAGAGAGCAGCAAGUCAAACGUCUGCCAGAUCAGUCAAAUCAACAAAUGUGUCUGUAAAGUCUUUGAAGUCAGGUAAGUCUAACUGUGAUGAAAAUGUAACUGAGGCAUCUCUGAGCUCAAAGGUAGAAGAGGAGGCAGAGGAGAAAGAAGGUCAGAUGGUAGAGGAAGAAACAGAAAGAGCAGCCAGUGCCUGGUCCACAAUGUCUCAUAGAUCCAAAAUGUCCAAUGAGAAUACAGGAGAUGGUGAAAAUGCUAAGGAGCGGACUGCCAGUGUUUUAUCUGGUAAAUCAGCUUCAUCUGUGAAGUCUCACUAUUCAAAGACAGACGUGGACAGAAGCCCUAGUGCUUUGUCGGGAAAGUCCAAGAAGUCCAGGUGCUUUGCACCUUCUCCAAAUGGAGAGGAGCAGCAAACUGAAAUCGAAGAGCGGGUUGCCAGUGCCAUGUCUGUCAAGUCAAAAUCGUCAGUGCGGUCCAAAGUCAAAUCGUCAUCACCAGGUCCAAAUGCUGUUACCAUCAACAAACCAGAGGAGGUUGAGGAAGAAGGAAAUGAGAUGACAGAGAGAGCACCAAGCGCUGCAUCAGCUAAGUCUGUAAAAUCUAAUGUUUCAUCCAAUCAUAAUGGAACCACACCCAAAGCUCCAGCUGCACCCUGCAGUCCUCAAUCCUCUGCACAACAGCUGGUGCCUGGUCCAGGUUUGGGUGAGACAAGAGGACAGAGUGCUUUGUCAGUUCGCUCUGCAACCUCUGCUAAAUCUGGCAGGUCCAAAUGUCGCUGUGGAGCAGCUUCAGGGGAGGAUAAGAAAGAGGAAAAUAAUGAAGAGGCUACUGAACAGGCUGCGAGCAUCUUAUCAUCCUCUUCCAAAAGACAGAGGAGGGAUUCAGGAGGCACCGAGCAACUGUCGAGUCGAUGCUCAUCAGGGUCAGUCUCUCUUUGGUUGCCAGAAGACGAAGAAACAGCCGACUCAGAUAGUGGGAAGUCCAAUGUUUCAUUUUGCACAAACACUGAGCGUAAGGGCCGAGGGAAGACAGCAGCAUCUGAGGACCCUAAAACCCAGAGGGGGUCUGCUGCAAAGAAAGAUGUAGAAGGAAGAGGGUCCGAGAAUAAAAGCACUUUGUCUCACAAUCCUCCUGCAGUCGAUAUCCCCACGAUAGAAACUCCAGGAGGGGGGGAUGGUAAGGAUGAAGAAGAAGGUGUAGGGCAAAAAGCAGAAAGAGCAGCCAGUGCAAUUUCAGCCAAAAGCAGCAGAUCCCACAAGUCCUCGUGUAGCUGUAGCACCAAAGUGACAGAGCAACAAGCAGGAAAUGACCCAGAAAGUGAUUCAAAAACUAGAAAUCUGGACGCCCACAACAAAAGAACCUCGUCUUCAAUGUCAUCAACAAGUGCUAAAGUUCGGACUAAAUCCCCUGCAAGUGCCAAUGUAGCAAAAACCCCUGUUGGAGAUUCAGCAAGUAAUGACACUGGAAACAUCAGUGAGGUCAAAGAGCCAGAAGAUGUUGCAGCCAGGGUUCACUCCAAGAGUCCGUGUUGCCUCAGGCCUGAAUCUGCAGCUUCGGCUCAAUCCGGGUCGAAAACAAAAGCCUCGAAGCGAAGUAAAGAAGAUUCAGUCAAAUCAGUCAAAGCCCAUGAGUCCGACUCUAAAGCAGGAAGCAACUGUGGCGAUGGUCCCUGUCCCCUGCAUAACUCCAGACCAGGCAGCAAAGUGGAGAGUGAAAACACUCUGUCUCACUCUCUGUCUGCUGCCGACCUGCUGAAGGAAACCAUGGCUGCACGUCCGCACAGCCGGGACUCAAAGGCCAGCAAAACUAGUGACAGAACAGGGGGAGAGAAAAGUGCAAGAAGUCAGACAAAAAGAAACCAGAAGGAUAAAAAGCCAGAGCUCACACCCGCCUGUCUGCCCAACGCUUCCCCUAAUCAGGUUGUAAACGACUGGCUGCGGAGCAUUCCUGCCAACAGCAGCAUGCUGGCACUGGGCGACGAGUUGGAAGAGGGUGAGCAGGAGGCGGAAGAGAAACCUGGAGAGGAGGUGGCGCAGGUGGAGGAGACUCUUGACGAUGAUAAAGUGGAGGAGGAGGAGAAACGUGAGGCUGAAGAUGGAGCAGAGAAAGAGGGAGAAGCUAAAUGUGACACAGCAGAGGAGGAGGAGAGUUCGGAUCCAGCUCCAGGUGAUGCAACAGCGACGUCUUGUCCCGCUCGGCUGCUGAGUGCUGACUCACUGCCCAGGAACUUGCAUCCGUCUGUGGCUGUGAUGAAAGUUCUUCUGAGUUCUUCUCUGGGUCGAUGCCGAAGUAUGCCAGAGGUGUCUCCAGUUUACGGCCGUCGACUGAGCACAUCAGCCAGAGGGUUCUUGGACUGUUUGGCCCAGCUCCAGCUCAUCCAGCCGGCACUGAGCCCUGGUUCUGACCAGCAGAAAAACCCUAACCAGCAGUAUGAAGAGAUCAUGACCAUUCUCCAGUCGCUCUGGCUCACUGGACCCAGUGAGACUGAGGUCAAGAAGGGCAAGGACAUCGGCACAGAGCAGGUGACUCCACCGAGGUCCUCAUCUGGGGUCGGUAUGAGCAGUGGCUCCGGUGGGUCGGGAAAGGAGAAUGGCAAUAAAGACGGACAUGAAACACCCCCAAAGGCGAUUGAAUCUUUACAAGAGGAGCAGGUGCAGAGUGAAGAACAAAGUACCCUCCCUCCAAGUCUGGACAGCCCGAAAGCCACAGAGAACCCAUCAUCCUCAGACAAGAGCUCUGCCAACGACGGCUCCAAAUCCCCCACCGAUAACGAGCAGGACACGGUGGACGACACCAGUUCAGAGACACCCUCUACUGUCCUGCGAGCACCUCUGUCCAAAAAACUAUCCCAAGAGCCUGAUCCAGUUUGGGUUCUGCACCUUCUGAAGAAGCUGGAGAAACAGUUUAUAAACCACUACAUCAACGCUAUGGCAGAGUUUAAAGUUCGCUGGGACCUGGACGACAGCCUCAUCCUGGACACGAUGAUCUCUGAGCUCAGGGACGAGGUGAGUCGGCGCAUCCAGAGCAGCAUCGAGCGCGAGAUAAGGAAGAUUAAGAGUCGAGCUGGCAGAGUGGGGAGGUCGCCCCGGCCGCCCCAAGGAGCGAACCUCUCCAGGGAGUCCACCAUGACGGACAAGAGGCGUCGAAUGUUAAAGGUCAUGAAGAACCAAUCUGUGAAAACCACUGACUCUCUCAGUGAUGGGGAGACGACAGGUGAUUUCAGUGACCAGCGAAGUGAUGAUGAGUACUGCCCCUGCGAUGCUUGUGUCCGCAAGAAGAUGGCCGCCCGGCCUCUCAAAGCGGACCCAAUGGCAGCCGAAGCCCCAGUGAUGAUGGAGUUUGACCUCCUGAAGAUACUUCAGCUGAAGAAAAGCCCAGAGCCUGCGCCUGCGCCUGCGCCUGCAGCCGUGCUCCAGUCUGCAGACGUGGAAAGUGACGGAGUGGUAAAGGAAGAGGAGGGGAGGAAUUUGGAGGUAUUGCAGGAGGAAGAAGAGGAGGAGGAGGAGGAGGAAACAAAAGAGGACAUUAAAGCUGAGGUUGUUUUAGACGAGAUGAUCCCAGAGGAGGAUGAGGAAGAAGAUGAGGAUCAGACAGAAGAAGAGGAGAAGAUAGAAAAGGAGGAAAAUUGUGAAGGUGGUGAGGAACAGGAAGAGGGAGAGAAAGAAGGUGAGGGAACAGGAGAGGAGGAGGAGAGUGAAAAGGCAGAAGAGGAAGAGGAGGCUGAGGGAACUAGUGACAACACAGGUGAAGAUGAGGCGGCAGAUGAUGAGGGGGACAAUGAGGACGAGACAGGAACUGGGGAGGAGGAGAGCGACAUGGAGACUGUUAAAGAAGUAUCAAUAGGUAAAGGAGAGACCACUGAAAAUGGUGAGGAGGAAGAGGAGGAGUGUGAGGCGUCUGAUUCUAAGCCUGAGGAAGAGGAAACAACAGGAAAGGAAAGUGGAGAAGAGGAGGCAGACGAUGAAAACGCUGAGAAAAUUGAAUCGGCAGAGGAUGAAGAUGACGGGGAAGAUGGCAGCGGAGAGGUGGAGUCACAUGAAGAGAGAGAAGGAGGAGAAAGUGAGGAGCCGGAAGGACCCUCCCCACAGGACCAGGGGGUGACUGAGGGAGAGGAGGCCGAUGCUGAAGACUCAGACACGGAGAAAAAAAGCCCAAGUGACACCAGUGCGGAUGAACUUGUUGCUGGAACCACUGGUGACGAGGAAGAGAAAGAGGCGGGAGGAGGAGACGGAGAUGAGGAAGAGGUCGGGGAUGAUGCUGUGGAGGAGUUCAAGCCCGAGCAAGGGGAGGAGGAGGAGGAAGUAAAAGGCAACAAAAAGGAGGAGGGUGCUCUCCUCCAUCAGUUCACCAGGACGUCUGUGGAGUCCCAGCCCGGCUCCUUGGAGGACAUCCACACGGACUCACCACCCCUAUGCACCAUAGAAGUGCCCAAGAUGGUCGUCAGUGUGUCCACCGGUGGUGGUGCGAGCUCAAAUAGGAGCCGGUCGCCGGCUAGGAUCAAACGUCGCAAACCGAAAGAGAGCGAUAUGGAGCUGGAUGAAUAGUAACCAACAUUAUGACGUAAAGACUCCCAGAAACCCUUGCACUGAUUAUGUAGCCGAGGUUAAAAAAAUGUAACAACAAACAAACACUUGAAGCACUUUAUCACUCCAGAUCCAUUGUAGUUAUAUUUGUACAUGCAGAAGGUAACUGUGUGUAUUCUCUGUAUUACUGUA